GAGACAGUUGCUGCAAUCCACAAAGCAUGGGCUACAUUAAGAAAAUAGUGGAGAAUAAAAUACCAGGGAUUUAUGUGCUAUCUCUCAAGAUUGGGAGCAACCUGAUACAGGAUAUGGAGAACAGCUUCUUUAUGAAUGUGAAUGAUCAAGUGAGAGAGGUGUGCAGCCAACUCGCAAAGGACCCUCACUUGAAAGGAGGCUACAAUGCAAUGGGCUUCUCCCAAGGAGGCCAGUUCCUGAGGGCCGUGGCCCAGAGGUGUCCUUCUCCUCCCAUGCUCAAUUUGGUCUCCGUUGGGGGGCAGCACCAAGGUGUGUACGGCUUUCCACGCUGUCCUGGUGAGAGCUCCCAUAUCUGUGACUGGAUCCGAAAGACGCUGGAUCUGGGCGCCUACACGCAAGCUGUUCAAGAGCACUUGGUACAAGCAGAGUAUUGGCACGACCCUCUGAAGGAGGAGGACUACAGGAAAAACAGCAUCUUUUUGGCAGACAUAAAUCAGGAGAGGGGCAUCAAUGAGACGUACAAGAAAAACCUGAUGGCUCUGAAAAAGUUUGUGAUGGUGAAAUUUCUCAAUGAUACCAUGGUCGACCCUCCAAUCUCUGAGUGGUUUGGAUUUUACAAAAGCGGCCAAGCCAAGGAGACCAUUCCGCUGAAGGAGACCUCACUGUAUACAGAGGAUCGCCUGGGGCUGCAGGAGAUGGACAAAGCAGGAAAGCUGGUGUUCCUGGGGGUGAAAGGGGAUCACCUGCACUUCUCAGAAGAGUGGUUUUACACCACUAUCCUCCCCUUCCUCCAGUGAAGCUAAGGGGAGGCACCCUGCAAGAGCACUGGGGAGGGUCUACCACUGUAGUUAAUGCAGCUGCUACUGUACAACAGCACUUUCUGCGUACAAGCCUGCGGGGACCGGGGAAAGGGGAAGAAGACGGGGUUUAGCUCAGCA